CAUUCGAGCGGCUGCGGAGUGACUCCGGCUUGCCCGGGCGCGCCGGCCGGAGGGCGGGGGCCGGGGCCGGGCGCUGCCGGCGGAGCCAUGCGGACCAGCCGCGGGGAAGGCGGCCGCGCGGGGAGCUGAGCAGCGGGAGGGAGAGCCCGGGGCGCUGGGAUGCGUCUUCCCCCAGCCUCGGCCGCCACUGGGGAUUGCAGCGCCCGGCUCCGCGCCUCGCCGCGAUGGCUCGCUUCGGAGAGGAGCUGCCCAGCCGCUAUGGAGGCGGAGGUCCGGCCGCGGCCGGCCGGGGGAGCAGCCGGCAAGGCGGCCCCCAGCCCGGCCAGAGGGUGUACAAGCAGUCCAUGGCUCAGCGAGCCCGGACCAUGGCUCUCUACAACCCCAUCCCCGUCAAGCAGAACUGCUUCACCGUCAACAGAUCCCUCUUCAUCUUCAGCGAAGAUAACAUUAUACGGAAAUACGCCAAGCGAAUAACCGAGUGGCCUCCAUUUGAAUACAUGAUUUUAGCCACCAUUAUAGCCAACUGUAUUGUGCUGGCUUUGGAGCAGCAUCUACCAGAUGGAGACAAGACACCCAUGUCGGAGAGACUGGAUGACACUGAGCCGUACUUUAUUGGAAUAUUUUGUUUUGAAGCUGGUAUAAAAAUCAUCGCUCUGGGGUUUGUUUUUCAUAAAGGCUCUUACCUCCGAAAUGGCUGGAAUGUGAUGGAUUUUGUUGUGGUCCUCACAGGAAUUCUAGCCACUGCUGGGACUGAUUUUGACCUACGGACCCUGCGAGCUGUCCGAGUAUUAAGACCACUGAAGCUUGUGUCAGGAAUCCCAAGUUUACAGGUUGUCCUCAAGUCCAUCAUGAAGGCUAUGGUGCCCUUGCUUCAGAUUGGGCUGCUUCUAUUCUUUGCUAUUGUGAUGUUUGCCAUUAUCGGACUGGAGUUCUACAUGGGGAAGUUUCAUAAAACGUGCUUCUCCAAUGAGACAGGUGAGGAGGUGGGAGAUUUUCCCUGUGGAGAGGAGCUUCCAGCCAGGCAAUGUGAGAGUGGAAGCACAUGCAGGAAGUACUGGCAAGGCCCCAACUAUGGAAUCACCAACUUUGACAAUAUCCUGUUUUCCGUGUUAACUGUCUUCCAGUGUAUCACCAUGGAAGGCUGGACGGACAUCCUCUACAACACCAAUGAUGCAGCAGGAAAUACCUGGAACUGGCUCUACUUCAUCCCUCUCAUCAUCAUUGGCUCUUUCUUCAUGCUCAACUUGGUGCUGGGCGUCUUAUCAGGUGAAUUUGCCAAAGAGCGUGAGAGGGUGGAAAACCGCCGAGCCUUUCUGAAGCUCCGUAGGCAGCAGCAGAUUGAACGAGAGCUAAAUGGGUACUUGGAAUGGAUCUUUAAGGCAGAAGAGGUGAUGCUGGCAGAAGAAGAUAAGAAUGCUGAAGAGAAGUCCCCUCUGGAUGUGUUGAAAAGAGCUACGAUAAAGAAGAGCAAAAAUGAUCUGAUUCAUGCUGAAGAAGGUGAGGAUCAUUUCACAGACAUUUGCUCUGUUGGGUCUCCAUUUGCUCGUGCCAGUCUGAAGAGUGGAAAGAACGAAAGUUCCUCAUAUUUCCGGAGGAAAGAGAAGAUGUUCCGGUUCUUUAUCCGGCGCAUGGUGAAAGCACAAAGCUUCUAUUGGAUCGUCCUCUGUGUUGUUACUCUGAACACCCUGUGCGUUGCCAUGGUGCAUUACGCCCAGCCAGAGAAACUCACCACUGCUUUGUAUUUUGCAGAGUUUGUUUUCCUGGGUCUGUUCCUUACUGAGAUGUCCUUGAAGAUGUACGGACUGGGGCCAAGAAAUUAUUUCCACUCCUCAUUCAACUGCUUUGACUUUGGGGUGAUUGUGGGAAGUAUUUUUGAAGUUAUCUGGGCUGCAGUGAAGCCUGGUACCUCAUUUGGCAUCAGUGUAUUGAGGGCUCUUCGACUGCUCAGGAUUUUCAAAGUAACCAAAUAUUGGAACUCCCUGAGAAACCUGGUGGUGUCCUUGCUGAACUCCAUGAAAUCCAUCAUCAGUUUGCUCUUCCUGCUCUUCCUGUUCAUCGUGGUGUUUGCUUUGCUGGGGAUGCAGCUCUUUGGAGGACAGUUUAAUUUUCAAGAUGAAACACCUACCACAAACUUUGAUACUUUUCCUGCUGCCAUCCUCACUGUGUUUCAGAUACUGACUGGUGAAGACUGGAACGCGGUGAUGUAUCAUGGGAUAGAGUCACAGGGCGGUGUCCACUCAGGAAUGUUCUCUUGCGUUUACUUCAUUGUCCUGACAUUGUUUGGUAACUACACACUCCUGAAUGUCUUCCUGGCUAUUGCUGUUGACAAUCUUGCAAAUGCACAAGAGUUGACAAAGGAUGAAGAGGAAAUGGAAGAAGCUACAAAUCAAAAACUUGCUCUUCAAAAGGCCAAGGAGGUAGCAGAAGUCAGUCCCAUAUCUGCUGCUAACAUUUCCAUAGCAGCCAAGCAGCAGAACUCCUCCAAAUCCAAGUCUGUUUGGGAACAGAGGACCAGCCAGAUCCGAAUACACAAUUUCCGAGCCAGCUGCGAGGCACUGUACAAUGAGCUCGACCCAGAGGAGCGGGUGCGCUAUGCUACCACCCUACACAUCCGACCAGACAUGAAAACUCAUUUGGAUCGGCCUCUGGUGGUAGAGCCAAGGACUGAAGGUCGGAACAAUGUCAAUAAGCUAAGCCCUGGAGAUGUCCAGGACAUUGAGCAGACCAAGGCCAUCUCUGCUGAGUGUGCAGAAGCUCCACGGAAACAUCACCGGCAUCGGGAUAAAGACAAGACAGGAGAACAAGAGAAGAGUGACAUGACCAAGGAUGAGAACGGGGAAUCUGGCACAAACAACAAAGAGGAACGACAUAGGCAACACAGGAGCCGCAGCAAAGAAGCGGAGGGGAGUAGCAAGGAAGGGAAAAUUGAGCGCAGCAGAGGCCAGGAAGCGGGGAAGAGGCAUCAUCGUCGUGGGUCAGUGGAGGAAGGGGCCGAGAAGGAGCACCGGAGGCAUCGAACUCACCGGCACUCAGCUGAGCGGCAAGGCAAGGAAGGCAACGGAACAAUCAAUGGUGCCAGAACUGAGCGGCGUUCACGUCACCGAGGAGGGUCAAGAUCGGGGAAUCGAGAAGGAGAUCCAGGCUCAAAAGGAGAGAAUGGGGAAGAGCCUCACAGACGGCACAGAUUUCGGAACAGAGCUCUGUCAACCUAUGACCCAGUGGAGAAGGAGAAUGGGGAAAAAGAAGGAGAUGUUGGGGAAAAGGAUCAUAGGAACCAUCAGCCAAAGGAAAACCAGUGUGAGAUCGAGGCUGGGGCGAGUGUCAGUGUUGUCCCAGUGCAAACCCUUCCCAGCACAUACCUGCAGAAAGUGCCUGAACAGCCGGAAGAUGCUGACAAUCAGAAGAAUGUGACUCGGAUGACUCAGCCGCCGCUGGACAAAACCACCACUGUGAACAUCCCUGUUACCAUCACUGCACCACCGGGGGAGACCACUGUCAUACCAAUGAACAGCGUUGAAUUUGAAAGUAAAACUGAAGAGAAAAAAGAUGUGGAUGGUGAUGACUUGACAAAAAAUGGGCCGAAGCCAAUCCUGCCUUACAGCUCCAUGUUUAUCUUGAGUCCUACAAACCCAAUCCGACGCCUGUUUCAUUACAUUGUGAACUUGCGCUACUUUGAGAUGGUCAUCCUCAUAGUCAUAGCACUAAGCAGCAUCGCUUUGGCAGCUGAAGACCCUGUCCAAGCCGAGUCACCAAGGAAUGAUGCUCUCAAGUAUCUGGAUUACAUAUUUACGGGGGUCUUUACUUUUGAAAUGGUGAUAAAGAUGAUUGACUUGGGUCUGCUGCUUCACCCUGGCUCCUAUUUCCGUGACCUAUGGAACAUCUUGGACUUUAUUGUGGUCAGUGGGGCCUUGGUGGCAUUUGCCUUCUCAGGAACCAAAGGCAAGGAUAUCAACACCAUCAAGUCACUGCGAGUUCUGCGGGUGCUAAGACCCUUGAAGACCAUCAAGCGUCUGCCAAAGUUAAAGGCGGUCUUUGACUGUGUAGUAAAUUCCUUGAAGAAUGUCCUCAAUAUCCUGAUUGUUUACAUGCUCUUCAUGUUCAUCUUUGCUGUCAUUGCUGUGCAACUCUUCAAAGGCAGAUUCUUCUACUGCACGGAUGAAUCAAAGGAACUAGAGAAGGACUGCAGGGGUCAGUACCUGGAUUAUGAAAAGAGUGAGGUGGAGGCAAAGCCCAGGCAGUGGAAAAAAUAUGAGUUCCACUACGACAACGUGCUUUGGGCUCUGUUAACACUAUUCACUGUCUCCACGGGAGAAGGGUGGCCAACUGUAUUGAAGCAUUCGGUGGAUGCUACAUAUGAGGAACAAGGUCCCAGCCCUGGCUAUCGAAUGGAAAUGUCUAUCUUUUACGUGGUGUACUUUGUUGUCUUCCCUUUUUUCUUUGUGAAUAUAUUUGUGGCGCUGAUCAUCAUCACCUUCCAGGAGCAAGGAGAUAAAGUGAUGUCGGAAUGCAGCCUAGAGAAAAAUGAGAGGGCCUGUAUAGACUUCGCCAUAAGUGCCAAACCACUGACCCGCUACAUGCCUCAAAACAAGCAGUCUUUUCAAUACAAGAUGUGGAAGUUUGUGGUGUCCCCUCCCUUUGAAUAUUUUAUCAUGGUCAUGAUUGCACUCAAUACAAUUGUGCUGAUGAUGAAGUUCUAUGAUGCUCCAGAAGCAUAUGAAGAAAUGCUGAAAUGCCUGAAUAUUGUGUUUACAUCUAUGUUUUCAAUGGAAUGUGUGUUGAAGAUCAUUGCCUUUGGUGUACUGAAUUAUUUCCGAGAUGCUUGGAAUGUCUUUGAUUUUGUAACAGUAUUGGGAAGUAUUACUGAUAUUUUAGUAACAGAGAUUGCGGACAACUUUAUCAACCUCAGCUUCCUGCGGCUCUUCAGGGCAGCAAGACUCAUCAAGCUCCUUCGCCAAGGUUACACCAUCCGCAUUCUGCUCUGGACAUUUGUGCAGUCUUUUAAGGCAUUGCCUUAUGUGUGUCUCCUCAUUGCGAUGCUCUUCUUCAUCUAUGCCAUUAUUGGCAUGCAGGUAUUUGGAAACAUUGCACUAGAUGAUGAUUCCUCAAUUAAUCGACACAAUAACUUCAGAACGUUCUUGCAAGCCCUGAUGCUACUGUUCAGGAGUGCUACAGGGGAAGGCUGGCAUGAGAUCAUGUUGUCAUGCCUCAGUAACAGAGCCUGUGAUCCACGAUCUGGCCUCACCAAAGAUGAAUGUGGAAGUGACUUUGCCUAUUUUUACUUUGUCUCUUUCAUCUUCCUCUGCUCCUUUCUGAUGUUGAACCUGUUUGUAGCUGUAAUCAUGGACAACUUUGAGUACCUGACACGAGACUCUUCCAUCCUAGGACCCCAUCACCUGGAUGAGUUUGUUCGUGUCUGGGCUGAAUAUGACCCAGCUGCCUGCGGGCGCAUCAGUUACACUGACAUGUAUGAGAUGCUGAGACACAUGUCCCCACCUCUAGGCCUGGGAAAGAAAUGCCCUGCUCGAGUUGCUUAUAAGCGCCUUGUGCGGAUGAACAUGCCGAUCUCGGACCAGGACUUAACGGUCCAUUUCACAUCCACCCUCAUGGCCUUGAUUCGGACAGCUCUAGAGAUCAAACUUGCUUCAGGAGGGGUGAAACAGCACCAGUGCGAUGCUGAACUAAGGAAAGAGAUCUCACUGGUUUGGCCUAAUCUGUCCCAAAAGACACUGGAUCUGUUGGUGCCUCCUCAUAAACCUGAUGAAAUGACCGUGGGGAAAGUCUAUGCAGCACUCAUGAUAUUUGAUUUCUACAAGCAGAAUAAAAACAGCAGGGAGCAAGUGCAUCAACCACCUGGAGGCCUUUGCCAGACUGGACCAGUGUCACUGUUUCACCCUUUGAAAGCCACGCUUGAGCAAACCCAACCUCCAGCAUUCAACAAUGCUAAAGCCUUCCUUCGUCAGAAAAGUUCUGCAUCACUCAACAACGGGGGCACACUACCAGCUCCAGAGGGUGGGAUCAAGGAGUCCAGUUCAUGGGGGAUUCAGCGCACGCAGGACAUAUUUUACGAAACCAGGACACCGGCUUUUGAGCGAGGCCACUCAGAAGAAAUUCCCAUUGAACGGACAAGCAAACAGGUUGUAGAAAUGAGAGAAAUCAGCCCCACCUUGGCCAAUGGAGAGCACCAACCUGGCCUGGAGAGCCAGGGACGGGCGGCUUCCAUGCCACGUCUGGCUGCCGAAACUCAGCCCAUCCCAGACACAAGCCCCAUGAAGCGCUCCAUCUCCACAUUGACACCACAGCGUCCGCACCCCAUGCACCUGUACAACUAUUCCCUGGAGCGUAUGCCACCAGACCAGGUCCACCACCACCAUCACCAUCGCUGCCAUCGACGGAAAGAAAAGAAGCAGAAGUCCAUGGAUAGGCCCUCCUACCACCUGGCUGAUGGAGAUGCGGUGGCCCAGCCAGGUGAGACUUCUUCCAGGGAUAAGAAGCAGGAACGUGGCAGGUCCCAAGAGAGGAAGCAGCACUCCUCCUCUUCCUCUGAAAAACAACGCUUCUACUCCUGCGACCGCUAUGGGAGCCGGGACCAUUCUCAGCCCAAAUCUGCCGAACAUAGCCGACCCACCUCACCCAACGGGGGACCAGAACAAGGGCCUCACAGACAGGGUAGUGGUUCAGUUAAUGGGAGCCCCUUGAUGUCAACAUCUGGUGCUAGCACCCCGUGCCGUGGUCGGAGGCAGCUCCCGCAGACUCCAUUGACCCCUCGCCCCAGCAUCACUUACAAGACCGCUAACUCCUCGCCCGUGCACUUCACCAGUUUCCAAACCGGCCUGCCCACUUUCUCCCCGGGACGCCUGAGCCGUGGCUUGUCUGAGCACAAUGCUUUACUGCGUGGGGACUCCCAGAACCACUCACACACCAUGGUGGCUCGCAUCGGUUCUGACCCUUACCUUGGACACCGAGAUGAUAGUGACAGUCCAUACCGUGUUGUUCCAGAGGACACACUCACCUUUGAGGAGGCUGUCGCAACCAAUUCAGGAAGGUCCUCAAGGACUUCUUACGUCUCGUCCUUGACUUCCCAGUCUCACCAAAUCCGCAGGGUUCCCAAUGGCUACCACUACACAUUGGGCCUCAACACAGGCCCUGGGACAGGCUCCAGAGGACGCAGCUAUUACCAUGAAGCUGAUGAGGAUGACUGGUGCUAGCAUAAAGGCAAAACCAUUGCAGGUGUGUGCUUUUAAAAUUGAUGAGUUUUAUCAUCUGGCAGUCUGUACACUCAGACACGCAUGGUACCCAGGGCUGGGGAGUGAGGAAGCAACCCCCAGAAGGAAAAUCCCACUGCAAGAAGUGUGUCUGUGCCCAAACCUGACACUGUCUGAGACACUCAUUCAGCCUCUCUCUCUUCUUUUUCUCUUGCACUAGACAAAUUAAUAAAUAAUGAAAGAUCGUUAUUUGGGGAAGAUGGGGGUAGAGAGAGCAUUCUCUUUCUCUCUCUCUCUCUCUCUUUUCCCUCUCUCUGUCUCACCUACCUACUGCCUUGUCUAACAUAAUGACAUGCACCAGAUGCCAAAUCUGCAAAUGAUGUGAAAAGCUGAGAGAGAGGAGGUCUGAACCCUGCCAACAGAAAAAAAGGACUGUUGAUCCUUUUCAAGAUUGGGGUAGCUUCUGCUGGGCCUUUUUUUUUUUCCUGUCAGGGUGGGCAUUGGGGAUGAGAAUUGACAGUCAUGUACAAAAUCACAUCUGUAUUUUAUCUUGUUCAAAUGAUAAGAAGGAAGUGAUCUACCUAAGAAACUGAGAGAGGAGAAACACACAUCUGAACAGAGGACAAUCUUUUCAAGACUUGAUGUUCAAUAACAGCAAUUGUUUUCAAUGGAGCCAGUAACAAACCUUCAAGCUGACAAAGCACUCCGUCGCCUGUGACUCUCUGGUGUAACACUCUUCUGUGUGGAUUUAUUUUAUUUUCCUUGCCAUUUUGGGUCCUUCACAUUGACAUACGAUAAAGCCACAGAGAGCUACUUUGUAAGGACUGUUUCCUUGCUGCUGGUACUUUUAUUUCUGUUCCUCUUGUCAACUGCAACACACCCUCACUGUUUUGUCUUGUUUACAAUAUAAGCUUGAUUUAGCAAAAAAGUUUAAAAAAAAAAGAAAAAAAAAGAAUAAAACGUGUAGGGUUGGAAAGGAGAAAUGUAAUUGGUUUUAUAUCAAGCUAUUAGAUAGAACUUUAAAUUUUCAUUGUGUGCAUUUUUGUAAAUUGUACAGUAAAAAAGGAAACAAAAAAGAAAAAAAAUACUCUUUAUGUAGAAAAUUAGUCCUAUUGUCAUUCCAGGUCCUACUGUUUCUAUUGAAUGCUCCAGUUGUUCACUACUAAGUGCCUAACCUUUGAAAUCUCUCACAGCGACGAUGCAACCUCUUGCUUCAACGCAUCAGAACUUGGGGAAGAAAGUUGGGGGGAGGUGAAAGGAGGAGAGCCUGGAAGAGUUGUUUAUCUCAGAUAAUCUACUGUGCAUAUGAUACCACUUAUAUGUUUAAUGGACAGUGUUUUCAAGUAGCCAGGUUGGAAAAUUACCGGGGGGAGUAAGGGGUGAAAACAUUUUUAAAAUCAUUUUAUUGCUGGGAUGGGAGGGGAAUAAUAGGGGCAAACAAAACUGGCCUUUUCUCAUUGACUAGAAUUUAGGGUCCUGCAGGAGAAAUGCAGGUAAAAAUAUAGCAUCAGCAGUGAUGCUUUCACAGAAAACUAAGAGACUUUCACACUGCAUGUCUAGUCUUAUGUUGGUUGUGAAAGUUCUGCAAAUGUUUCACGGUGCAUAGUUUGUAUCGAGGGCAGUUGGAGAGAGCCUCGUUGUUAUUGCCUGUUGGGGAAAAAACUGACUCUCAGGGAUGAGAUUUCUGUAUUCUUACGAUUAUUCUUAUGUUGGAUUGUUUUAUUUAAUUUUAAGAUUUUAGUUCUUUUUUUGUGCACGAGCGCAGAUUUUUCUGGGUUUUGAGCCUAGGGGAAAGAUGCAUAUAACAAGAGUGGGAAGAAGUGCUAAAGAAUAACUGACAGAACCUUCUGCAAAUGGGUUUGAAGAACAGCCAUGUGGCUGUUUUUGGACAUAGUAUGACUGGGGUUACUGCAGAGGAUGUGCAUAUCACACUGGGAGAAGCAGAGCGUGGGAAAAUGCAUAGAUGCCAACGAUUGAAGAAGUGUUGAUAAGAAUACUGGCAGGGUUUAAGAGACAAGACAUAGUGGGAUGGCUGGGUAGAUCUACCCAGCCCCAGGACCCUCAGCCUGGAGAAUAAGCAGUCACUGGGGAAGAACAGCAAUCUUUAUGGGCCUUGUUUUGUUUUGUUUUGUAACUAAGUUCAUAUAAAAGGUAUGUCGUAUUUUGGGAAAGGAUGCAGAGAGCAUCUGAAACUAUUGACAAAGCCCUUCAUCACUGGAAGGAGAGCAGGACAGGUGUAAGAUGGUUCUCCACAUUUUGAGCCUUUAUGUUGAGAAAAAUCAACCUUGUGUUGUUUUGUUUUAUAAUCUCUUUGGCUGAUCUCAUCCCUGAAUUCUGCUAAAAGAUAAUUCCUAUUUAUAUCUAUAUCUUUAUAUUUAUGUGCACUUUGAAUAAAGGAAGUGCAUUAGCCGAGAAAUACAUUAUGGAUAAUGGAUGUAAUUUUUAAAUGUAGGGCUAUGCAACAAGAUGACACUUAUGGAAACAAAUCAAAACAAAACAAACAAAUGAAAAGACCUUCAUCCAUUCUGUAGCUUUACCUGCUGGACUUUCCUGUUUCAGGCUUCAGCAUGAUUGUGACCAAAUGUUUUAUACAUUUUCCUUAUAUGAAGGCACAAACAUUUUCUUUGAAAUUUUAAAGAAAGCAUUACUAUUUUAUUCCAAGAAGUAAAGGAGGAACAAAAUAUCUCUGAUAAUGCAUGCAAACAUUGUACCCACAUUGGAAAACAAAAGGAAAUGUCUUUCUGCAUUUAUUUUGUCUUUUCCUCCACUCUUGCCUUUCCCCUUCCUAAACCAUUUUAGAUAUUAAAAGUCACAGCCCCAUAUAAAUAAGAUGGCUGGAAUCAUAUAGCCAUUGUUGGCACUGGAUCAUUUAAAUUCUUGUAUAAAAGAUGAAGAAUAUAAAGUUGUCUAAUCUCCA